AUUUGGCGCGUGAAAUUUGAUUGUGUUGGAAUUUGAACCAAGAAAAUGUGAUUUUGUUUGCCCUAGAAAAAYUACUUUUUAACGCUUGAUCUCGUUGAACUUACUGAAAAGCUUCCCGAGAUUGUUCUAUCCAAAUUUCGUAUUAUAAAUUUGGGGUAUUUUGGACGGAAAGGGCUUCAAAAAGUUGUCCAAAAUGCAAGAUGUUUUGUCUCCAAACGGUUCAUCUGAUUUGAUAUCUUACGCCAGUGCAACUAUUGAWUGCCUUGAAAGAUCUGAUCUUUCUGAAGAUAUAAGCUCACUGAUCUCCGGCUCUGCUUUUGACAAUGGUAAACUAGCAUGGCUAGCCAGAGGAUCGUCUUUAGAGAUUGUGAAUACCAAAACAGGGCUUCGAGAGGCAGCGUGGAGGUUUGGAUGGGGCUCCAAGGAGAAAAGAGCUGUUWCUAUCAGUGCUGUGGCAGCAUUUCCAAUGGGUGAUCGCGAUCGUCUGGUYGUAGGCUUAAAGGAUCUUUCUGGUGGUCAACCUGGUUUGGUUUGCAUGUUUGAUCCUUAUGUAUCACGUGUUAUCAAGGCAGUUGUUGUGCCGUAUCCCGUCACUACCCUAGAGAGUAUUGUUGGUGCUGGCGGAGGUGAUGCACCCCCAUCAUUGUUAAGUAUCCACCUGAAACUAUACUUCGGCAUUGUUGCCRUGGGAACAGAACAAGGACACACAUAUCUCCUGGAUAUGAGGCUUGACGACGACAUGGAAGAAUUCGAUGAGUGGAAUCCCAGCCAGAUAGAGCUGGUAAAUAGUGACAAGGAAAAUAUUGCAGCAUUCAGAGAGGAGGCAAGAGCAAGUGGCACGCAUAUUGCUGUCGAAGUUGAAGGUAAAAGUCACAAGUCUGGAAAAUUUAACUACCGCAGGCCAGAAUCUGGAGAGAAAAAGAUAUAUUCUUCAGGUGAUAUAUUUGUAAGUGCUGUCAAGUACAUACGGCAAGCUGGCUGUCUUGUGAUUGGAUACAAUUUUGGGUGUUUCCAAAUAUGGGAUCUUAAUGCAAUGAUUCUUGUGUAUAGCAGUCAGAUGGAUCAGUAUGAAAUGUCAGCCAUUACGCAUUUUGCUUAUCAGGAACCUGAAAAUGAUCCUCGUUGCUGUAGUUACCUAUGGGUUGCACGUGGACCAUUGACKAUAGAAGAUGAGCCACAGACGGAGGUCCCCACCACCCUGACCUUGUAUCAGCUGAUAUUUGCCACMAGAGAAGUGUUGCCUGGUUACGGCAUUGUUUAUAAGAACCUUGGUGGAUGUGGCAGACGAUUUGAACACCAGCUUACAGCAGAUGCACAUCAUCUUGCUGAUGCUACAUCAGUAGGCAGUAAAAUUAUCUGUUGUUACACACUAGAAAAGGAAAGCUUUUCCCAAGAAGUUUCAAGAGCUGAUGAAGGUAUGAGCAGAGACUUGACACUAAUGGUGUGUGUCUGGGAAGCACCAUCACAUGAUCCAUUGUCAAGUCCUUUGUGUCAUCUGGGGAUAUUUGAUGUGAACAGAUGGUACCACUCUCAGAUGCAGCCAUCUAUAAGGGAUGCAAUGUUUGGUAGCAAAGAUUCCACUUGUCCCUUCUUUGCAUUCUUCUCAUUGGCUGAGAUACUGGACAUCGCMAACCCUGACGGCAUUGUUAAUGUUUACAUAGACAGCAACUCAAUAACAAGAUUCAAGUCAAACAUUGAACCACCUUUGGAGCAGCAUUUCUGGCCAGYGUCUCUAAAGUUUGAUACUUGUUGCCUCAUGGAAACUGGACUUGUUCAUUCAAAGUUUUAUGGAAUGCAGAGACAAAUUUUGUCCAGUCUAAGAGAAGGAGGUCUCUCUAGUUUAUCUGAAGCUCAUGAAUAUUUCAACAUGUGUUGGGCUGCAGGACUUCUACCAAGAAACUUUGACAUCUCCAAGUCACAGGAGAAAAAUUUUCAUCUUGAAGCCAUCCUGUCAGUAUCAUUAGAACACAGUCUUAUUACUUUCAUUACCACCUGUAUACAGAAACUGGGUGCUGGAAAUGUUACCCACGCAGGAUGUAAUUUAAGGGUAAUUCUUGACUGGUCAUGGAGUAAAGUGGUGGAGAUAAAAGAACAACUGGACCAACUAUCUGUGCCUUUAUUUGACGGAGGUGGUGGAACUCCUGACGACCAGAUGUUGCUGAUGCUCGAUGACAUGGCAGUACAUCUUGGUCACCUGAAGUCUGUCUUUCAAGCACUGAUAUCACAGUCUGCACCAAGCUCGCAUCAAGGUGUCAAGGAUCUUGAAGCAAAAUUCCAAGUAGUUAGCAUCUUGGAAAUGUACCUAAGUUUGUUACUUUGGUUGAUACGUCAUGGACUACUCCCUGAAUACAGCGAUGACGAAGAUUCAUCCUUCAAUCAAAGUGAUGCUUUGUACUCAAGUUCUUCAUUCAAAAAGUUCUAUGAUUCAAGGAGAGCUGAGCUACAACAUUGUGGAAGUGAGUUGGGAUCUGGUGGCCUAAUGAUUGACAGAAUAAUCUCACAGUUUGAUGGUCUGUGGGUGUCUACUUCUGGAAAAGAACACUAUCCACCAUCUAGCCUCCACUCACUCUCCACCUUGUAUCUUCUGGAUAAAAUCUCACCAGAGACAAAGCAUUCAAUAGUAUUCUACCUGCUUCUAGACAUCUGUGGUACAAAUGAAGAGUUAAACAGCCUUAAUGUAGCUGACCGGUUUGCCAAGGCUUUUGACCUGCCUUACAGUGUAACCAAGAUGAUUAGAGCUUUUUGGUUUUUGGACCAUAAAGAUUUUGAGAAUGCUGUCAACAUACUUGACGACCCUGCUUUAGCUACGGUAGAAAUAGGUCCAUGGCAGAAUAAUUACAUUAUCAAGACCUUGUUAUUCCAAGGACAAUUCCAGAAAGUCCUGUAUUUUAUCAACACCGUUCACCCCACUAUGCACUCACCAGAAGAUGUCCGCCUUCAUUUGACUGUCUUGGUGGCUAAUGGUUUGGUAACAGAAGCCUUCAACUUUCAGCGUAAUCAUAGAGACCCUGCCAUCAAUGCUGAGCUUCUUUUUCAUUUUUUUACUGGUUGCCAACAAAGUGGAAAUAUCAGCAAAGUAAUGCAGCUGCCUUUGAAUGACGUGGAAGAGGAAUGUUUUGUGCAGUUUCUACAACAAGAGAGUUUUGAUGCAGCCAGGGAACUGCUAGUGAUGUACUACCUUCAAAGGGGAAGAUAUGUAGAAGGUGUGAGGUUUAACGAGGAACUCAAGCAGUGCACUAUGAAUGAACAAAAUCCUGCUAUCCUAGAAAGAACCAAAGUGCGUAAUGCCAUCGUUGAUGGCUAUGUACGAUGCUUACCCAGGAUGCAACAGAAGCUGAUCUUCGCACCAGACAAGGGAGUGACUCAUAAACCAACAACAUUGAAAGAAGUUCCUCGACCAAAGCCUCUUUCUACUGUUGUUCAUCAUGUUAAGGAAGGACGCCCUGUUUCCCAUGCUACCAUCUUGAAUUCUGUCAUGGAAAAAGUUGUAGAGGCCAGGGCCCCAGAUACACCACAGAGAAGAAGAUCUGGUGCAUUUGUAGGAACUCCAAUAACACCAAGAACAACAAGUAUUUCAAGUGAUUCACACAGGAUGGUGUUUGCUUCUUUGAAGAAACCUGAAGUAGUGCAUGAAGAGCCUCCCAAAAGUUCUCAAUCUUUACUGUCCACUCCAUUGUUUCUGGACAAGAAAAGGAGAAAACAACUUUAUUCAGGUGCCGAUGCAUUAACUUUGCUGACCACUCCUCGCAUAGAGAAGCACUCCUCAAGGCAAGGAUCACUGAGUCACCAUGAAUCCAUCAGUGUGUCUUCAACCCCUCAAUCAAUAUUAAAGGUUAGACGUGUUGUUCGUCGCUCCUCACCUCGUACAUCACCAUCAUCUUCCCCACUGAGGCGUGACUCUUCUGAUAAACCUCAAGUGAAGCAAGGAUAUACAUUAGAUUUUGAAAGUCAAAGCAAAGACUCUGUGGAUUAUCCUCAUGAAACACCAAGCAGACGUAUCAGGUUUGCAACUGAAGAUGUUUCACCAUCACCAACGAGCUCCAAAGCAAGUGCGGUCACUUUUAAGGAGAUGCCUGCAGAACCGCAAGAUGUUGCUAUGGAAACAACAACAUCUGUCAAGAGUGUUGGUUUUAAGGAGGCAGUUGUUUCUCCAUUAGAGCAGGAUGCUGAUGCAUCUUUAAGGCUUGAACUGUCAAAAUCAGAAGAAGAAGAGGAAGGAGAACCAGAAGUUCAGAUAACAGCAGCUGUAGUUGACCUGAGGGGUAACAGUGACGUCGAAGACGAAGAAAUGGUACAUGAAGAGGAAGAUUACAGCAGUUAUGAACUGGAUGAAAGUGAUAACAUCAUAGCUGAGGACAGUGAAGAAGAGGUUUUGAUAAGAAAGAAUCAAGAAAAGUCUGAAAAAAUAGGUUCAACUGUACAAGAACGGGAAGCAUUGCAAAUGGCUGGAUUAUCAGAAACUGAUAGUGAGGGACCAGUAAUGAGGUCUUCACCUCGAACAACAUCCAACGAGCAGCAAUCACUGCAAAGGUCUGUGCUGCAAGGAUCCAGUCUGUCAGAAAACACAGAAUCUGCACCAGAAGACUAUUCCCAUGCACAAGUAUCUCCACCAAAACAAUCUGGGUCUCCAAAACAGCCAUCUCCUGAACCGUCACCAAAAAUCUCUCCUCAUCUAACACCAAAAACAACCAAGUUACCCGAAAGCACUGAUGCAAGCCUCACAAUGACCCCACCAAAAUCACCUUACACCUCUCCCCUUGGUUUACCAUCUCAUUCAAAAGAUGCAAAGGAGGUCAAAGGUCAUGCAGAUGAUGAAGAAAGGGAUUCCUUCGCCUUUUCACCUCCGUCUGUUUUCAGAACACCGCAGACUGCAGAUGUUGUUGCAAAGUCAGGUGAAAAGCAAGCAGACGAUGUCUCAACACCAUCGACAAAUUUUCUCUUUUCUCCUCCACUAACACGGUCCAUGAUAAAGAGACACUCUUUAGAUGUGUCUGCUUUAGGAAAAACAUCUGCUAAUAAGAGUACUCCUAAUGUAUCUACUGGUCGAAGAUCGCUAAGGCCCAGAAGUCAGACAGGAAGAUACACCCCAUGCCAGUCUCCUUCAGACAGUCCCAUAUCAUUUAUCUCGCCAGCACCUUCCCAGCCAACAUCACCAAAAGGAAGAAGAAAAACCAAGAAACUUGUUCCUAAUUCCCAUCAUUCUAUGACACUUCGAUCAAGGACAUGCCCUGUGCGUGGCACACGAUCUGCUAAACUACCUCAUGCUGAACUAUAACCUUUAGCUAUUUGAUUGCCAAAUACGUCUGACUCUAAUAAACGACAUGCCAUGUUAUUAAAUUUAUAAAGCAAGGUUAUAAUAAAAAGAUUUCAGUUGGUCUCUGGCCUUUCUAUAACUCA